CUCCAUCUGGUGUUUGAUAGGAAUAUUUGUCUGUCUUUGGUAAUAAACAGUAUCACUUGCCAUAAAGCAAUUUAGCAUUCAUGCAGAUUGACAGAUAGGCACCCACGUUCAUUACCUAUACUUUACUACAUAACUGCAGUGUGAUAGAGGCCAACUAUCAUCGUAACGUGGAAGGGAAAGUAUUGCUGUAUUUUAUAAAACCCAGUUUAGUAAUGUAGUUGUCAAUCAGCAGUGAAUAUGUAUGUAUUCCAUAAUAGCUCUGCAAGGAGCAGUCACUAAAUCACCUCCAGCAAAGUCUUUUGACUGAAUAUAUUUCUCUGUACAGCAUGCUUCUCAGCACCAAUGUAUAUUCAUUCAGACUAAUUGGAAGCAAACAGGCUUCUAAUUUGGGAUAGCUUCUGAAAGUGUGCAUGCUGAUAUUCUUUUGCUGCUUGGUUAUUUGAAAAACAGAUUGCAGUUAAUUUUGAAAUAUUGACUAUUGAGUAAGGCAGCUUAUUGUGUGCAUAACAAGCUGAAGCAGAAUUGCUUGGAUGUUUCCACAUUUGAGCCACACUUUGAUGAGCAGCUUCCCAUGCAGUUGUGCAACUGAUACAAAUUAAAAAUGAGAUGUAGCACUGCUUUGGUUGGAAAAAAUUCCCUUGCACAAAUGUUUGUCAUAUGGAACAGCAAUCUUAUUCUAAUAUUUGAAGGACACCAUUGUCUCUUGCAAGAAGUCCUGCCUGAAUGUUAAGAUUCCUCAUAAAGGAAAAAGAAGUUAAACUGGUCAGUUAGAAAGGUAGAAGUGUCAGUUUCCAGACAUCUUGUGUAAGAGAUAAAUGAUGGAAUAGAUGAUCCUGAAGUCUUUUAAUUAGUUUGUCUUUCAGAGUUACUCCCUACAAGUUAUCUAAAGACUAGUGAUAAUUUGUUCUGAUGGGAAAUCUCAAAUCCUAGUAGUCUUCUUAAUGGUAGCUACUGAUAAAUUAACAAUAAAUAUUCCAGUAAAAAUACGUACUUCUAGAGGAGCAUAGUUCUUUCAUCAGCUUCUUACUCAGAUAUUAUAAUGCAUAUUAUGCACCAUUUUUAUAGUGAAGGGUUGUUCUGUUAUAUUACUGCAAAUAUUUUGCUUUGCUUAAUGCAUUUUAAUUUAUUUUUUUCUGCAAGGGUCAAAAUUAUAUAUAGACUGUAUAUACAGAGUUCUAGCUUCAUAGUUUAUCCUCACAGCGCCAUCCUCUGGGGCACAUCACAAUAAAAGGUAGCAAUAGGGUAAAAGGACCAAAUGAAAUUAUUAAGUUGCUAUCUUAGUAAAAUAAGAGACGCAUUAUAAUCACCUCAGUGAUAGUUGGUUUCAUGUCAUGUUUAUUUCUUCUUUUUUAGAAUGAACAAAGUUUCAUUAUGCAGAGAAGUUAAUCAAGAAGAGUGAUAACAAAUGAAUGCUCUUACCAUGCACUGAACAACUUGUGAGAAUCCGGCGCUUAGGCCUGGGAAAAUGUCUGCUUGCAAUGCCUUCACUGAACAUGUCUGGAAACCAGGAGAAUGUAAAAACUGCUUCAAGCCAAAAAACUUGCACCAAUUGCCUCCAGCCCCUGAAAAACCUCCAGUUUCAAAUACGAAUCUAAAAACCAAUGCGACCCACAACAACAAUCAGCGUUCUAGGAACACAGGGAAUUUUCGACCUCCUGUGGCAAAGAAGCCCACUAUAGCUGUGAAACCCACCAUGAUGACAGUAGAUGGACAGGUUAUAUGUGGUGAAGUCAGCUCACAAGAUCCUUGUGAGAACAAGCCAGUUACUGUGGGAUGGAAUCAAAACAGAGCUGUUGUAAACAAAAAGACACUGAACAAUAAUAAUAAUGAGGAAGAAAUUGAAGGUUACAGCCAUGCACAUAGGCCUUUUGGGAAUAGUGAUGAUGUUGGUAAAUCUCCAAGCAACAAUAAUGGACUGACGGAUGUACUGAAAGAAAUUGCAGGUUUGGAUACCUCAUCUCCUCUAACAGGAAAUGAACUUAAUUCAAGGGAAGCAUUCUUGGGAAGAAUAAACAACUGUUAUAAAAGAUCAUUAGAAAGAAAGAUGCCUCCAAGUUGUAUGAUGGGUGGAAUGAAAGAUUCACAAAACAAGCAUGUUGUUCUGAGUGGAAGCACUGAUGUAAUAAGCAACGAAGGGGGUCGUUUCUGUUAUCCAGAAUGCUCCAGUGGGGAUGAAAGUGAGGAUGACAUGUUUUUUAGCAGCAUCCACGAAGACCAUGAGAGCUGGGAUGAAAGUGAUGAAGAGCUCCUAGCAAUGGAGAUUCGUAUGAGGGGACAGCCACGUUUUGCAAACUUUAGGGCUAAUACACUAUCGCCUGUCCGGUUUUGUGUUGACAAAAAAUGGAAUACAGUGCCUUUAAGGAACAAGUCUCUCCAGAGAUUUUGUGCAGUAGAUUAUGAUGACAGCUAUGAUGAAAUUUUGAACGGUUAUGGAGAUGAACCCAUGAUUCUAUAUGGGCAAGAAAGCAUGCAGAGUAUGGUCUCAUCUGAUUCCAUGUCUCCUGACUCUUCUCUCACCGAAGAGUCUUGCUCAGGGACAGCCAGUAGUUCUUCCCAAAAGCUCUGUAAUGGUGUGUUAUCUCCUAGCACUCCUAAAGAUAUGAAAUGUAUUGAAGAAGGAUAUAAAGGGUUUUGUGAUGAUCAGCAACAGAAAACUGCAUCUAAAAGCCCUCAGAAUGUUACCAAAACUUUGGAGACACACAAGGCUGUUCUUGCUCUUAGGCUGGAAGAGAAGGAUGGCAAGAUUGCUGUUCAGAGUGAUAACCCAGAAUGCAGAAGUCCUUCAGGUAUGCCAGCUCAAGCCACAAAUUCAAAUUUGGUCCAUUCAGAAGAACAAGCUAAACCUUACAGAAUAGUAAAUAUGGAACAGCCCAUUUGUAAGCCAUACACUGUAGUGGAUGUAUCAGCAGCCAUGACUCAUGAAUGUAUAGAAAUCCAAGCAAAAAGCGUAGAUUCAAACAGUGUUCUGUCUAAUUCAUCUGAUACUCCAAUUGCAAAUGCUGCACCUAAUUCUGUCUCAGCAGGUCAAAUUAAUGCCAAUCUUAAAAAAUCGAGUGCAGUCAGGUACCAGGAGGUUUGGACUUCAAGUACAAGUCCACGACAAAAGAUCCCCAAAGUGGAACUAAUUGCCAAUGCUCCAGGACCUUCUGUACCUGUACGGAAAAACAUACAUAAAUCUGCCCCUACUUCACCUACUUCAACAAACCUUUCUACAAAAACAAUCCCUGUUAAAUCUCCUAACUUGUCAGAAAUAAAAUUCAAUAGUUACAAUAAUGCUGGCAUGCCACCAUUCCCAAUUAUUAUUCAUGAUGAGCCAACUUAUGCCAGGAGCUCCAAGAAUGCCAUCAAAGUUCCUAUUGUAAUAAACCCAAAUGCAUAUGACAAUUUAGCUAUUUAUAAAAGUUUUCUGGGAACGAGUGGAGAGCUCUCUGUUAAAGAUAAAACCACAAGUGUCAUCAGCCAUACGUAUGAAGAAAUAGAAGCUAAAAGCACUGCAUCAGAAAGCCUAGCUUGCAAAUCUGCUGAACUUUUCCAAACUAAAGGUUCAGUGAAUAGCACUGAGAGAAAGCUGGGUUCUGUGGCUCAAAAGGUUCAGGAAUUUAACAGCUGUCUUGGUAAAGGUCAGACAUCACCCAAAACCCCUGAUCACAGUUCCCCAACAAAUGCACAAAGAACUCUUCAGGACACUGGAGCCAGAACGGACAAUUCACAGGAGGUAUCUAACGGCAGUCGAGAAAAUGCUUGCACGGUGCUCUCCCAGAUUGUAGCUUCUAUUCAGCCUCCACAGUCUCCCCCAGAAGUGUCUCAGAGUGGGCCCAAGUCUUGCAGUGCUGAAGAACUCUAUUCUUUACCCCCUGAUGCAGACACAAGCAAAGGUGCCCCCGUAAGACCCAAAUCUCUCUUUACACUACAGUCCAGUGCUGACGCUGAAGCAGUACAAUCCACUGAAGUGAUGUCAAAGGAAAUCCCUUUAAAGUCACCGGUCACUCAUUCCCCGAUGCUGGUGUCACCCUCCCACAGCUCUGCCAGCCCCAAAAGUGAACAGGCCCCCCCAUUCCCUCCUCCCCGUUCCACAUCUUCGCCUUAUCAUGCCAGCAAAGCAUUACAACGACAUUUCAGCAAUUGGACCAAACCAUUGAGCCCUGUCCGAUCAACAGAGGCAGAAUCUGUUUUGCACUCCGAAAAUCGACGGGCUGUUGAUGCCAAGCCCAAGCGCUGGAUAUCAUUUAAGAGCUUCUUUCGCCGCAGAAAGACCGAAGAUGAGGAAGACCGCGAGAGAGAGAAGGGGAAACUGGUGGGUCUUGAUGGGACUGUGAUUCACAUGCUCCCACCGCCUCCUGUUCAGCGGCACAAUUGGUUCAGCGAGUCCAAAACAGAUGCCAGCGAGAAACCCUCUAUUGUUUUUAUGUUUAAAUGUGAACAAGCCAAGAUGGAGGCCAGAUCUGAUCAACAGAAGGCCGAGUUGCAAAGAGCUGAUGCUGUGGCAAGAGAAGAACAGUCUCCCGAGGUGUCAGAAGAAAAUUUGAGCAGCUGUUCUUCACCACCACAAGUUCCAAGGGAAAUUCUAAGCUCACCAGACCCCAGUGGAAUAAAUGCUUCGCCAGAGUUUCGAGACAUGAUUAAAAGGCUCAAGAAGGCUCUGAGAGAAUUUCCUUUAAUGGGGAACUGUGUGAGUGAGUAUAGUGGUCGUGUGCCUGAUGAGCAAACUGUGGAAAAUUUGUCCCCUCGGAUGCCAAGAUCUGCAUUUGAGCAUCAGGGUAGCAGUGACAAUGCGUCCCUCACUCGGCUAUCUCCUCCAGAAAUGCUACAAGGGGAGGAAGAAAAGGAAGACAUGUCUGAUUCCUCUGACAUCAGUGCCUGCAGUGCCACAUAUAGUAACUUAGGGCAAUCCAGAGCAACUAUGAUACCACCAAAGCAUCCUCGACAACCGAAGGGGGCUUUGGAUGAUGCCAUUGCUUUUGGCGAAAUAUCUGAUCUGGAAAUGGCUACCAGUUUACAUCCAACACCGCCUCCCCUGCCAAAGAAAACUAUUCUAAGAGCUCAUACAGAACCGGUUCCAAAGGAACUCCAGAAACAAACCCUUGAAAAUAGCAUGUGUGUGAUGGCCAAUCCUACCUAUGACAUUGAUACCAACUGGGAAGCCAGCAGCGCCUGCUCUUCAGUCAGCUCAGAAUUCAAGGCAGUGGACAAUGAAUCAGGAGAUUCUUUGGAUAGACCUCCAACAAAAGGACUGGCAAUCUGCUCAUCAACCAAUAGCUUUUCCAGCCUAACGGCUACCAGUAUUAAGGACAGGGGUUCUAAUAGCGCGGAGUCUCUGUCAAGUAGGCCUGCCACCCAUAGCAAGCAUAGCAAAGCUGUCCAGAAGCCACAAAGGCAAGCACUUUAUAGAGGAAUUGAAAACAGGGGAGAGGUGGUAAGCAAGAUCAGAAGUCUUCACACUGACUCCCUGAAAAAACUGUCUGCUAAGUGUGAAGACUUGUUCAUGGCUGGACAGAAGGACCAGCUUAGAUUUGGAGUCGACAGCUGGUCAGACUUCAGAUUAACCAGCGACAAACCAUGCUGCGAAGCAGGUGAUGCUGUCUAUUACUCCGCAUCUUAUGCAAAAGAUCCCCUCAACAACUAUGCAGUCAAGAUCUGUAAGAGCAAAGCGAAAGAAUCCCAGCAGUAUUACCACAGUUUGGCCAUCCGUCAAAGCUUGGCUAUCCACUUUAACAUCCAGCAGGAUUGUGGCCAUUUCCUCGCAGAUGUGCCUGUCCGGCUUCUUCCUUGGGAGGAUCCCAACUCAACAGAAGAAGAAGAGGAAGAGCAGGAUGAUGACGUGCAAAAGAACAAAGAAAGCCCCACCUGUGCGGAUGUUUCGCAGAAAGACAGUUCGAGCCCACAAGGAACCAUCAGUAAACAGCGCAGUCGGGUUGUGGUUAUCACCAGAGAGGUUCCCUAUCUGACCAUGGCAGACUUUGUGCAAGCAUCUUCUAAUCGCCAUGAUAGUAACCCAGACUUUUACGAAAGGCAGGUGUGCCUCCUCCUUUUACAACUGUGUUCUGGUCUGGAGCACCUGAAGCCCUAUCACAUCACACAUUGCGACCUGCGUUUGGAGAACCUCUUACUGGUGGACUACCGGCCGGGAAGCAGUCUCCUCAAUUUUGACUCUGUGGAGCCCACGCCAAUGUCCGCUUGCCCUGCCAGGCUGAUAGUGAGCAAUUUCUCUCAAGCCAAGCAAAAGACUCACAUGGUUGAUCCAGAAGUCCUGAAAGACCAGUCCCGCCUUGCCCCGGAGAUUAUCACGGCAACCCAGUAUAAGAAAUGCGAUGAGUUCCAAACUGGCAUCCUCAUUUACGAAAUGCUACACCUGCCCAACCCCUUCGACGAAAACCCAGAGCUGAAGGAGAAAGAGUACACUCGUGCCGACCUCCCCAAAAUCCCCUGUCGUUCACUUUAUUCCCUGGGACUUCAGCAGCUUGCGAACUGCUUGUUAAACCCGAACCCCUCAGAGAGGAUCCUUAUAUCUGAGGCCAAGGGCGUCCUUCAGUGUUUGCUUUGGGGUCCCCGAGAAGAUGUGUUUCAGACAUUCAGUGCCUCCUCCAGACCAGCCCAAAGGGAAACUGUGCUUCAGAACUGGCUGGACAUCAAACGGACACUGCUGAUGAUCAAGUUUGCUGAGAAAUCUUUGGACAGGGAAUGUAAAGUGAACCUUGAAGACUGGCUUUGUUGCCAGUAUUUGGCUUUUGCCACUACGGACUCCCUCAGCCGAGUAGUGAAAAUCAUGCAGCGACGUUAAUUUAUAUGACCUGUUGAUUUGACUUGGGAUACUCCUCUGUCCUUUCUCCAGCCUCAUGCAGUGUGUUGAAGUGUUAAACCUCUAAUCUAGGUCCCAAGGUCGCCAACACUGAGCAAACAGAUCCUGGCAGGAAGUGCUGUUUCCGGUCAGAGAUGCGAGGGUGAGGUUUGAUGCUCUUUGCUUAGUACUGCUAGUGACUGGGCAAGGGAGUGUCUAAACGUAAAAGGGAAACCACUAGUGUCAUAAUUAUUUUAUGCCCUAACGUCCUACCUGCAUUGCAAAUGAAAGCACACAGAAAUGAGUAUGAAGCCUGUCGUGACUGAGCCAGCAGAAUGUAAGCCAUUUUUCACAAAGAUAUGCCCUCUGUCUUGUCAGCCCAGCCCAUCGAAAGUGUGACUCAGCCUCACCAGGUCUUGGAAGACAGAUUUGAUUGUAUCCUUGGGAAUGAGAAAAUGCUUUGGACCCCAGCAGGGAGUGGUGAUUCAUUUACAGCCAUCCUGAACAAAGGGCCUAUUCUUUUCUUUUUCGUACUGAGGCAAAGUAUAUAUUUUGGGCGUAACUCUGGUAUUUCUUCUUUUUUAAAAUGAAAAACAACUUUGAAAAGCUGCAGAUACUUGAUUGUGAUACUAAGGGAGAAGUGGUGCUUAACCCCUUUGCCCCAUGGCUGUCUCUCCACUCAACAUUCACAGACACACCGAGCCGUUUCCCCUGCCCUUCUACCAAGUUCCAGAGGCAUAUUACUCUGAUUAUGUUUUUGUCUUCACUAACCAUGAAUUAUGAUUUAUUGAUUCCGGUCAGGAACCAUGCAUCUAGCCAUCUUUUUCUUUUUGCCAGAAUGCCUGACACAUUAAUUCUGCUAGAGGUUAUUGAUGGACUAUUAAUUAUGAUAAUGUUAACCAAGGGCAGUGCAAGAGCCUGAGGCCAGUGAAAGCAAUCAUCUAUUAACAGGAACUGUCCCUUUCUCCAAACCAAGGGCAACAGCAUUCUGCAUCUCCUCUGCAGCCAUGUGUGGUGUGCAGUGAAGUUUAUUUUGAUGCUGUAUUUUGUGUAACAAUACAGGCAUAUAGUUAAAGAUGAGUUUUCUAAUCUACAGCCAUAGCUCAAGAGUGAAGAAAACAAAGCAGCAGAAUAUGUGCAUUUACCAUGAGAACAAUUACAUUUGACAGGCACAACUCUGUAGUAUUCUUAUUUUAGUUUUUCCUGCAUAGACUUUGGCUGGCAACAUAUUUUGGUGUUUUUCUGUUACUGUUGGUAACCCGAAAUGUCAUGUCUGUCAACAUCAUUCUGCUGAGUCUGAAAAAGUCAUUGGUAAAGUUAGGAAAUGUUAAAGAAACAAGUCCAACCACCCAAACAAAGCUGCUAGCUUCCUUGACUGACAUAUUGGCCGCUUUCUUUGCUGGCACCACAGCCCUGCUGCACUUGAUCUCUCUGCUCAGUGUUGGUUAUUCUCCUUUGGAUGGUUCUGAAAUGACAGAGUGGAAGCCUGAGACUGAAAUCCCACAAGUGGGGAUGGUUGCUGGAAUGUGGAGCGCUCUUGUGUUGAGCCUUGCUCCUCCUUCCUCCUCUGGAUAUAUGUGCAAUUUUAGGAUGUAUUAUAUGAAAAGCCGUGUAAGUGUUUACGUUGCAUAACAGAUUAACCAUACGUUCAACCUGCCUCCUUUCCUUCUGUGGCACAUAGAUGCACAAAGCUGUGUUUGCUCUUUUUUUCUUCCAGAUUGAGGUUUCCUUUCUUUAUUGUUAAGCUGUGACUAACCUCUGUACUUCAGCCUUGGAGACAAAUGGCCACUUUGAACAAUUUUUGCAUCUUUGGACCAGAAACUCAGAAACAAACCUGAAGGAAUGCAAAGUGGAAGUCUCAGUGAAUCCAGCUUGUAAUUCAUAGACAGCUGGGCCCAACAUAGAACAACGUGGUGGCCUCUUAAAAUCUUUUGACUCCUCCCACUUUUAUAUCCUCUGGUUAGUAGUGAAACAAGAUUAAGGAUAGCAUGUGUGAGUGGAUCCUGAAUUGCUUUCAAUCAGGGAUAAGAAGCAAAGAACCUGUUUACAACCACCUGGCUGUUUUGGAGGCUUCCAGAAACAAAAUGUUUUUGGAAGCCUCCAAGAAAGUAUGUCUGAGCUUUAAAAUGGGGGUGACAAUGACACUUGAAAUGCAUUCCUAGCCACUUCAGGUCUGGGGGGGUGGCCCAUAACAAGUUGCCCGAAAGUAUUGUUUAGAUGGAGAUAACUAGUAGUGGCAUACCAAUAUCAAUAUGCUAAUGCCUAGAAUGUAAGUUCUGGUUGUUGUUUAACCAGACCCAUGGAACAAAGCCAAUUGAUGCAAGUUUUCUGUAGAUGUAUGGCAACAAUCCUUUAGAGAGCCUAAGGACAACAAACUUUACAUGCAUUACAUGGAGAUGCAAUCCUUACCUGUGUUAGUGCACUUUGCUCACAGCUUGCUACCUACCUACCCACCCUUUUCGCCAACUCAGCUGAAGGCCCUUCUUUCCCCCGGUUUUAUGUAAGCCUUGAUCUGUGUGCACAUACUUUUUCCCACGUAACCAGCAUGUUAACUCUCGCAACACAUGAACUACUGACCACUGUGGUAGGCAAUACCCCUUUAGACGACCUGCUAUCAUUUUUGUUGUGUAUAAAGAGAUGUGUGUUUUGUCACUUUUCAUGCUGACAUGCACAUGUAGACUAUUGAAUGUUUUAUAUAAUCUUGUAUAUUUUAUGCAACAGAGCCCCAAAACUUUGAAACUGUCUUUUAGUUUUCUGCUUUAAUUUUGCAUUUUUGGAUAGCAUAUUCAAACCAGUAUUAGCACUGUGUACUUCAGGCACGCUUGGUAGACACACACUCUCUGCCAUCUUGCUGCAUAAUACUGGGCAAACGUUGGUAAUGAAUGUCUGUAUGAAUGAAUAUAUGAGAGAAGAGAAAGAGAGACAGACACAGGUUCAGCCUAACCAGAACUGCCAUUUAUCAAGAUAUUUUAUUGAAGCUUCCUUCAUUUGCAAGAGAGGAGACAAACUGAAUAGAUAAGAACAAAAAAGGUGAAAGAAAGCAAUGCAUACGUUCUGAACAAAAUAAAAUUCUUGCCCUCAUAACUCAAGAAGGGGACCUGAAAUUUUGGGUCUGCACUGAUUAAACAUUUUAACUGAGAUCACUACAAAAUUGUGUGCUUUUUAAGCAAACCAUACUGACUUGGAAAUGUAUUUUUUCCCCAGAAAGUUGCCACUCAAGUUAAUUGAGCUCGAUAUCUCAGUAUUUCCUAACAACAAACAAAAAUCUCUGGGAAAUUCUGUGUAUGUAUUUGAAUGUGUACUUCCUGGAGGUUUUAGUGUCAUUAAUCUUUUUCUGGGGUGGCAGUCGAGGUCAAUGAGUCAUUGCACUAACAGCAGUGCCUUGUCACAGAUUUAAAGCUAGCUUAAUAAACAGUAUUGAUCACAUUAAACAAAAAAAAGUGUUAAGAAAUCAAAGUAUUUCAUGUGUAGCCAAGUUGAUACAUUAACUAGAUGAACAAACAAUAUAUGGUUGGUCAGAUAAGGGGUGUUUUUCAAUAUUAUUUAAAAGCCAGAAAACCAUUUAAAUAUUUUCCAAUUCUGCAACUUCCAUAGAAUAAAAAAACCAGGAUAUAUUGCAAUGACUGUUUACGCAGCAUAGCAUUUAGAAAUUUAGUUUUUCUGCCAUUUUUUUUUUCAGAUUUGAGCUGAUGAGAUAAUGUGUGUACACAGAAACCAUAGAAAUCUUGUUACAAAUCUUAAAGGAGGACAAAAUCUUAUCUAUGCAGUGAGGCAAAACACAAAGCAUGUGGAAAGCAACAGGGCUCAGUUUUUAUACAACAGAGGCAUUCAGAGGUAAAGUUGCAGCAGGAGACAAAAGGCUACCUGUGAGGACAGAGAGCCAUUCUUUCCUAACAACUCUGCAAUAUCUUUGUUAACAGACCAGUGAAGAAUGCAAUCUCAAAGAGGAGUGGUGCAACUAAUGGAGAGUCAGCUGUGGAGUCAGUUGUGCAGGUAGUAACCACCUUGUUUAAUUCCCCCCAACUCAGACAACUACUAGUAUCAUCCCAACUACUGGGAUGAAUCUGGUUAAUUUUGUUAAGGCAUUGAGUGACACACUCCCAGGCCUCAUCUACACUGACCAUUUAAUGCAGUUCAAAGCUAGCCUCAAACUGCGAUAUCUAGGCAGCAAACUCCCACAAAAGUGUGCAAAAGAAAGCUCUGAAUGCACAUCAGUGUCCGUGAUUGCUGUCCUCACCAUCCAGGCUUCAAGCUGGUUCCAGCUUUUCCUAUGUAAUUAUCUGCACAGUGAAAUCACUUUCUUCAAUACCAGUUUGAAACUGUGCUAAUUGGUCAACAUAGAUGUGCCUCAAAUCUCCCUUGAACUGUACAGGGCACAACUGCACACCUCUGAGUUGAAAAGCACUCCAUAAACAUGCAAGAUAGGCUGUACCUGUCAUUAAUAGCAGGGAUUUUUUAGUCUAUUUAUAAAUGGGAAAUAUUUAAAAUCAAUUUCUAAUGGUUCCUCAAUACUAGAGUGCAGUGCCUCUACACAACUGAUUUUUGGGGAAUGUCAUUGAGUUUUUCAUUACAAGAAUACUUAGGAAUUUUUAUUGAAAUACAAAAUAUAAUGAAGUUGACUAGAGGUAUAAUUCCACUCCUUUGCAGCGUGGAAUGCAUCUCAAAAAGCAAACUGGCCCACACUGCCUUGAAUUCCAGCCUUUAUGCUUAGGAGACUAGUUAAAUACUAUUAAGCCCUGUGAAAACCCCUACAGCACUUAUUUGCUACUCUUGUUAAAAGUUUAUUCCCACUGGUACUGGCUUCCAGAUCUUUGAGUAUCUCUCUAAUCUAGAAAACUUGAGAAAAAUCUCAACAUAUUUUAAUAGCGAAGACAUAUGAAUGGAUCCAUAUUUUUAUAAAUGAAAUUUACAGAACUGCAAGCAUAAUACACCCUUUGUUUUCUGUUCUGUAUGUAUAUUUUAUAUAUAGCAUAUAUUAUAUAUACAUACAUACGUAAAUUUUGAUUGAAUUUUAAAAAUUCACAAAGUUGGCUCUUUCCAAGAGUUUGGAACAGGCAGCUCUAGGGCAAUAUCUAUAGCAAGAUCCACUCUACCAGCCAAAAUUCAAAAGUAGUUUGUUAGUCUGAGUUUAGAAUUAGAAAACUAGCUUUUGCCCUGGAGGGUUUUUCUUUCAAUUUUAAUUAUGUUGAUCAAUUUUAAGUGCGAGAGAAGGUCCUUUUGUUUCUAUUAAGAUGGUAAAUAUCUUUUAUUUUGAAUGUGCAGUAUUUCUUUACUACAAUGCCUCAAGGUGGGAAUUAAUCUUGUUUUUCUUCAUAAGAUUCCAUUCUUCUGGGUCAGCUCUGUGUUUGGAAUUCACUGCAUUACUAUGUAUGGUGCUUCAUAUCUAUAUUUACACGUAUUUAUAGAUAUAACUAACACCUAGCCUCCCUAUGUGAUCGGAGGACAGUUACAACCUGGUUUGCUGUGGUACUUUGUUGUGUACUCUGUGGCAUACAUGUUAACUGUGUAAAUAAACUAGUUUUAUUACACUGACAA